CCACGAGGGCCGGCGCGGAGAUGCCGCAGUUACGGAGCUGGGACUGCUGGCGUGUGGUGCUGGCACGGGCCCGCCGCGCAGUGCUCUUUGCAGGGUCCCGCGGGGCCUCGGGCGGCCCGGGUAGCGCUCGGGGCGCCCCGUCCGGAGCCGGCGAGCUGCGAGGCGAGCUUGACAGAUUCGGGGGCGUCUCCGUGCGCCUGGCGCGGCUGGACGCAGUGCACCGCCUGGACCCGGCCGCCUUCCAGAGGGCCUUGCAGGCUGCAAUACAGAAAUGGAGAUCAGAAGGUAGAGUAGCAGUAUGGCUGCACAUUCCCAUCCUCCAAAGUCGGUUUAUUGCCCCUGCUGCUUCCCUGGGCUUCUGCUUUCACCACGCGGAAUCGGACUCAUCCACGCUGACUCUGUGGCUGGGAGAGGGGCCCAGCAGAUUACCAGGAUAUGCUACACAUCAAGUGGGAGUUGCAGGAGCUGUAUUUGAUGAAAAUACUAGAAAAAUAUUGGUUGUACAAGAUCGAAAUAAAUUGAAAAAUAUGUGGAAGUUUCCAGGAGGCCUGUCAGAGCCUGGAGAAGAUAUUGGAGACACAGCAGUUCGAGAAGUUUUUGAAGAGACUGGUAUAAAGUCAGAAUUCAGGUCCCUCCUGAGUAUUCGGCAACAGCACACCCAUCCUGGAGCUUUUGGAAAGUCAGAUAUGUAUAUUAUCUGCCGCUUAAAGCCAUAUUCAUUCACCAUAAAUUUUUGCCAGCGUGAAUGCUUAAGGUGUGAGUGGAUGGAUCUCAGUGACCUAGUCAAGACUGAAAAUACAACUCCGAUCACCAGCAGAAUCGCUAGGCUGCUGCUGUAUGGAUACAGAGAAGGGUUUGACAAGAUUGAUCUGACCAUGGAAGAACUUCCAGCAGUUUACACAGGCUUGUUCUAUAAAAUCUAUCACAAGGAACUGCCAGACAGUUAUAAAACUAUGACAGGCAUGGAUUAAGUUUAUAUUUACAUGGUUUUAAAAUGUUUAAGUAAAUUGUACCUGUAGAUUAAUGUGUGCCAUAUUAUAAGUAGUAGUGGACAUUUGGGUUAACUAAAUAUCUAACUUAAAUUUUCUAAUGUCUAUGAUUUCCAUGAAGAAAACCUGUUUGUACGUAUGCACAUUUUAAAAGCCUCUUUUCAAAUGAAGCAAAUGUAUGAAAAAGAUUGUAGCUCUAAGUAAGCUUCACUGGAUAAAGGCAAAUACUAUAUAAAAAGUGGAAGUCUAUGCAUUUUCCAGGAA